AAAUCCGCGCGACCGCUUCAAAGAUAGGCGUGUGCGGAUUGUGGAGGCCGGCGGUGCUGUCAACUCCGCUACCCGCUUGUGAAGUGCCGGAGUGGCUUAGGAUGUGCCUGAUUUAAGUAUCCCGCGCCGCCUGACGGGCCUCGGAGGUGCGCUUCCCGCUUCAACACAUAGCAAAGGGCUUCUUUUCACUUUUGCCUCACUGACACCCCUUGCAGCCCGUCGUCUGGAGUGGUACCCACUGAGAAGUGCCAGGGGGACUCCAGCAAGCCUCUCCCACGAUGUCUUCCUCUUCCACUACCUCCUCCUCUCCCACAGCCCCUGCUGGGAUGUCGCAAUUCUGCCAGCAAGCCUGGGGGCAGGUGUUUGCCAAGGCCAAGCGGGCUGUUGUGUUCAUGGACCCUGCUUGUGCCGAAAGCCUUCACUGGGCGUGCGGAGGAGCCGGGAGGUUGCUGCAGGCCGGGGCGAUCAACGUUAAGGAGUUUUCCAGCUUUGAAUCUGGAGCUGCGGACCAGCCCAAAGCUGUCUUUGUGGUGGGCAGCUUGCUGAAAGGCAGGACGGUGGACAUCAUCCGGGACAUUGUCACUCUCAGCAACUUCCAGUACUGCGUGGUUUUCACAGCUGUCAGCCAUGCGGUGCACUUGCAGGCCCACAACGCUCCCGGCACUACUGAGGUUGAAGGUGUCGGCCGGGUGGUCUUUGAACAGUUUGAAGAGAAGCUCUGCCAGUGGAUGGGAAACAUGAACUACACUGCAGAGGUUCAACAUGCCCCUUUGUUCUUGGCACCCAUCUCGCCUCAUCUCUUUGUAGCACCUGCCUUCUCCUUGUUUUUCCCCUUGAUGGCUGAGGAUUUGCCUCGGAUCAAUAAAGCUAGACCGGAGAAGAAGAAAAUUUCCCACUUGAGUGAUGUUGAUUUUUCAUCUCUGUCUUCAGAGUUGCAGCUUCAGAUCAGGUCCUUGGUUUCUGAUUUCAACAGCUUGUUUGAGUACCUCAGUGUGCGGGAGGAAUGUUUUGCUGUUGGGACAAUAAGUAAGAUAAUUGCAGGGGAUCUGGCAAAUUAUGCCCAGGCUAAGACCAGAAGGAAAACUGCACAACACAGAGCUUCUGUCAUCUUUGUGGACAGGACAUUAGAUUUGACAGGAGCAGUUGGUCAUCAUGGUGACAACCUAGCGGAGAAGAUACUCUCUUCUCUUCCCAAACUUCCAGGUCAUACAAAUGACGUGAUGAUCAACAUGGUAGAACUCACAAACCUGCAGAGUGAUGAUGCAAGCUGCAGUAUUGUAGCACCAGGCUGCUUGGCACAACCAAAUGAUCCAGCUGCUAAGUCUCUGUGGGAGUCCUUGAUGAAUUCCAAGCAGAAAGAAGCUGUGAUGGAAGUCAGGAGACACCUAGUGGAAGCUGCAAGCAGGGAAAAUUUGCCAAUCAAGAUGAGCAUGGGGAGAGUCACCCCUGAGCAGCUCAGCUCACAUAUCCAGCUCUUCAAAAAGAAAUUUGAGGCCAUUGAGAACCAUUGUGGGCUUCUGCAGAUUGCGUUGGCUGUUGUGCAGACACUGAAACACCCUCAGAGUGCCAAAUGGGACAAUUUCCUAGCCUUUGAAAGGCUACUUGUGCAGAAUAUUGGGGAGUCAACAUUACCUACUGUACUGAACCAAUUGUUGCCUAUCAUCAAGUCUCAUAAGAACAGGACAGAUGAUGAUUAUACCCCUGAAGACUUCCUUGUAUUGCUGGUGUAUAUUUACUCCAUAGUUGGGGAACUCAAAACUGGAAAAGAGUUGGAUGAAGCUGAAAGAGAAGUGAAAGAGGCUCUCGUCCAGUCUCUCUGUGACGAGCCUGAACUGCCUUUCCUAUUGCAGAAAAUAACAGGCUGUGAGUCUCCACUUGAUCUGACAUUUCAAAAGGCCACAGCUGCAGUGAAUGAGAUCUUUAUGACUCUCAGAGAUGUUGCAAGAGCUCGGGCUUACAUGAAGCAGUUUAAUUCCGUACAUGUUCCAGGAAGCCAAAUUCAACAGGCCUCUUAUAAACCAUUGCUGAAGCAAGUGGUAGAAGAGAUAUAUAAUCCGGAUCGACCUGACUCUGUUGAUAUUGAGCACAUGUCUUCUGGGCUCACAGACCUUCUGAAAACUGGGUUUAGUAUGUUUAUGAAGGUGAGCCGCCCUCACCCUAGUGAUCAUCCUCUGGUUAUCAUCUUCGUGGUUGGUGGAGUGACGGUGUCUGAAGUCAAAAUGGUAAAGGACCUUGUAAUGGCACACAAGCCCGGAGUACAGGUAAUUGUAUUCUCCACAGCUCUCCUGACACCACUUAGCCUCCUGGAGCUGCUGUUUGCCACGGACCGUCUCCAGCCAGACAUUGGCAUUUGACAAGCCAAGAGUCUUAUCAGAGAAGAUGAGCACCAAGCCCAACUCGCCGGAAAAAUAUCAAAACCCUUGGCCUUCUAUCCCAUGAGACAUUCCUGCAGAAAAUGAGAGGUUCUGAAAUUACUCCUGAUCUUGAUCUGAACAUUGGGGGAAUUGCUUUGAUAGCUGCCAGCAAGAGAAAAGUACCUACGCUAAGAUAGCACUUGAAAAUCUGUUCAUUAGUGCUGUGACGUCAAGCCAACUUUCAGUUCUUCUCUCUGCAGUGAUGCUGUGUUUAACUGAAAUUCUUUCUUUCUUGCUGGCAGCUACAGGGUAAAGGUUCCUCCCUGUCCAUAUCAGUCUCAUCGGAGCAUCGCAGAACCACUGAAGAUGACUAUCAGUGCUUCCAUUUCUAUGCUGAACUUUUCCUUCGUUUUCUUUUAUACUGAGCUUUUCCUUCCAUCUUGCUUAUGCAGUUGGCUGGCUUGUAAUAUAAGAUACCCCUGGAGAAAAUGUUGGGUCUGUUUGAGCAGAAUAUGUCAGUGACAACAAAGUGUGCCUUAAUGUCUUCUUCACAAUCUCUAAUACAGUGAGCUCUAAUGUUGGGCAGUUUUCAUAAUGGCAACCAAUGGACAUCACUGAGGAAAGAGGGAGGACUGGGAUUGCCUAUCAGUGCUUUCCAAAAAAAAAAAGUAAAAAUCUUCUAUUGGUCCAUUGUGGAGUCACUCUCUUCAGUGGUGUCCAUCUCAGUGGUGCUACACAGAAGGUAAAUAUCAAGCCUUUGAUAGCUAAGUAUACAUUAAUAUACUACAGAAUCAGCCCAGUGUGAUUGGACAUUUAGGGUGCUGGAAAGCUGAACACCCAAAUGAGGUAGGAUUGUUUCAGAACUGUUGAAAGUGCACAGCACCAUGGGGUUGCCAUAGGCCCGUGUGGAGGGUGGAGCAGCUGGGUACACUUGCCCCAGACCUCUGAGGGCUAAGCCAGUUCAUUGGCUCACCCAGGGCUUGCCGGAUUUACACUGUCAUACUAAGAGCAAAAAACUCUGUAUGGGCCUGGGUUGUCAUGUAGACACAGGGCCAGUUUAUACAUUCAGUAGAUACAUACGAUAAAAGCUUCUGGACCUUCCCACUUCAACUCAGUUGCUUCCUCCAAUGAAAAACCCUCCCUUCCUUUAACAAACUAGAGAGAAGGGUUCCACAUAGACAUCUCCCAGGCAUGGCUAGUUUUCUAUAUGGAGCAUCCCCCACAAUUGCAUGUAUUAUUGGACUUCUAGCCUACUCCAUCCCAAAUGUUGAGGGUGGUCACAAUAUGCUAACUAUUCUCCCUUAGACAUUGCCACCAAAAGUCAUUCAAACAUGAAACCUGCUACCAUUGCAUGCUGAAGUCAGUCUUUUCCACUUUUGGCUACUGAAUGUAGAACAUUUAUAGAAGAAGCCGGCUUGUUAGUCCAGAGCAAAGAGCUUGUUAGUCCAGACCAGGGUUUAUUGGAUGAAAUGAUUACUUAGUGUCUUCUGUUAUAAAAGAAGCAGAUAAAAAUUUGUAGCAGAUUUAACAUUAUAAGGCUACAGCUAAUCUUUCUCUUAUAACUAGUUUUCUGAAAAAACAAUGGUAGAAUAGUUUAAGAUUAGGAAAGAAUGCCUGACAAAUCAAGCAGAGAAACAAAAUUUUCUUUUCUGAAUUGCAUAUGAGAUUUUCCUCCAGCCAGCUAGUGAUUCUUUGCUGCAGUUUACAAUGUUAGAAUACAGCGAGGCACUGCCUUUUUCCAGCGUAAGCCAGCAAAUAUUUAUGUGGACCACCAGUUUAGGCCUUCCCCAGUCCAGUAGAUGCUGAUCAUCCCAUUUUUAAAGCCAUUUCAUUUCAUGGCCCUUCAUGAAGGUAAUCUAAAUUGGGCUCUAACCCAGCUAACAAAAGGGGAACAAUGGACAAAGUUUUCUUAAAUGAAAAGGACACAUUUUGUAGCAUUUACUUAUGGCAAUAGACAUUGGACGCACCUCGCAGGCUGCAUUUGAUAGACAGGUGACAAAUCAUAUCUGUAUAGCUAUUUGUUUUCAAGCACUUGGAGAAGAGAAAAGAAAAAGCUGGCAGUCUCCAUGGUUACCAUUGCAGUUCUGCUACACUGCGUUAAUAGACGUCAGUAUUUUGGAGAUUAAGCAGGAAAACGGGCAUAUGGCAGAAAGGACCACUGUGUAUUGCGUGUAAUGGAAAAGACCACACGAUGCUUGUACAGAAUUUCUGAUGCCAUUGUCACAAGUGAACGGGCAUGAAUAGCUCUCAAAAUGUGGGAAAUACAGAUUUAGGCAGUGGGAAGAGACCCUGUCUUGACAAGGGAUACUCCCAGUACUCUGAAAAAGUAUUGAUAUACAAUAGCCUUUUUUUCUUUUUGUUUUUUAGGAUGAGGUAAAGGAGGAUUGUGCAGAUUUUGUACUACACAGUCUUCAGCAUCUUAGGAAUGACAGAACGAUGCCAAAAAGGGUUUAAGAGGCAGGUGCUUUUGCAUAAUACAGUAACUGCUUUAGUUGCUGCAGUACAAGUCUGUAUUACAGACGUCUGCAGUUGGGGACAGCAGAAGACGGCUGCAAAGGCAAGUCUUGAUCAUCUGUAUUUGUGUUGUGUUACUGAAAUCAGAGAGACACUAAUCCCUGCAAACCGUCACUGGCCAAGCCAAUGAUUGAAGGUCCCCUUAGCCCUUGAAUGCCUUUAGUUGACUUCCCUGUCUCUCACGAGUCUUGCCACUCAUUUCUAGCUUGUUUGGCAUCUGAAUAUAAAACACAACAAUCAGAUGAGAAAACAAGGUUUGGUUUAAUCACGGGAACAAAAUGAAGAUGUCCCAUUUAAAGAGUUGCUGUCAACAUAAAAAUAAAUAAGUUACAGCUUAAGGAACAA